UUUAACCAUCCGUCUUAUUUAAAAAAUAUUAAAAAAAUUAGUCAUACAUAAAGUACUAUUUAUAUUUUAUCAUCUAAUAACAACAAAAAUACUAAUCAUAAACUUUUUUCAAAUAAGACGAACGGUGAAACGUUAAACAUGAAUAAAGCUAAAACAGUACUUAUUUUAGAACGGAGGGAUCAGUACUCUGCGUGAGUGCUCGUGGCGUGCUGGUUGGAAACGACCAUUGACUGAUUACGUGCUACACGUGGCAGACAGACAUGUGGGCCCUCCCCACUCCCUUCCAUGCUUCAGCUUCACACGAUCGAUCGAUCGAUGGAGAUGCGGCGAUAGUUGCGCUCCUCCUCAUUCACAGUCCACACUGCCAUCAGCCAUGGGGGGCAGCCACCACCUCUUCCGCUUCCUCGCCGCCGACGACCACCCUUUCUUCCCCACCUUCCCAACCUCCUCCUCCUCCUUCCUCCUCGACGACACCCACCCAUUUUUCUUCCCUCCCUCCUCCUCAUGCCCACUCGGUUUCACCUCUCCUCCUUCAUCGUCUUGCCCACUCGGCUUCACCUCCUCCUACGACCUCGACGCCGCCUUCCACCACCAUCUCGACCUCGACCUCGACCUUGACCUCUUCCUCCCAACCCCGACCCCACCUGUAACCACCUCCUGCCCCGCCCUCCGCGAUCCCUUCCUUCUCCACCACUCCCUCGCCCACCGCGUCUCCGCGCUUGAGCUCGCCGCCCCACGCAGCAAGUACACCUACGAGGCCGAAUCCGCCGGCAGGAAGAUCAAGUGGACCACCCACGACAAGCCCGACGGCGACCGGACCUUCAAGUGGGAGGCCCAGAUCGACACCCCCAACGACGAUGGCUUCGACCGCAAGUGGAAGUGGGAGUCCAAGGCCUCCGCCGCCGGCACCACCAAGCUCAAGUGGGCCAAGGAGGUCAAGGGCAAGGGCUUCCUCCACCCAUGGUCGCACGCCUACUCCGUCGAGGAGGUCUUCGGGGACGACGACCACCACCACAAGGCAGACAAGACAGCAGAAAACAAGGUCAAGCAGCACAACAAGGAUACUUCUGCCAAGGAGGAGAAGAAGAAGACGAACAAGUCUAAUGUUCAGAUCGUUGAGAUCGACGACAACACUGCCGGAUGCGUCGCCAUCAACAAGGCGUUUGCAAGCAGCUACGCCAAGGGCAAGAGAAAGCAGCUGUCCCCGCAGGAUGCUGCAUUGUUGAUCCAGAUGAACUACCGGGCUCACCUAGCCCACCGCUCGCAAGUGCUGCGCUGCCUCCGUCAUCUGGCGGUGGCCAAGGCCAAGCUCAAGGACAUUAGGUCCUUGUUCUACAACAUCUCUUACCGCCGCCGCAUUUCGCAUGACUCUGAAGAGCGUCAGAGGUUUGCCGACAAAAUCAUUGCCCUGCUCGCCACUGUUGAUGCCCUUGAGGGACCAGACUAUAUGGUUCGCAAUGCAAAGAGGUCUAUGCUGGAGGAGCUGGAGGGGAUGCUAGAGAUCGUAGGUCCUCAGUCACUAGGGAAGCCAAGGACUCUGAGCCGCAGAAAGUUUGAGAACCAUAUCUAAUGAUAUGAGGACUGGUGUCAAGGGCAAGUGAAAGGCACCAUCGGUUCUAUUUCGUAGUGCGGCGUAUGAAGAUGCUUGAUGGGGGACCUACCUUUCUGAAUGUGUUUACGGUUUAGACAGAAUGUUGUGUCUGUAACUCUAGUUGUAUGAUCUAUCUUCUGCUUGAACUAGUACUUAUGUGUUGCUAGACUAGUUAGAGCUUCUUUAUAACCUCUUGUUGUUUGAGGAAGCUUCUUGUAGAAACUGUUUCAUAAUUUGUCAUGAAAUGAUGUGCGGCAUGUGCCCCCUAAUAAAUAAGACCAUUACCAUAUGGUAUGCAUAUUGGCAUGGUGCUUUUC